GAAUAAAAGAAGCUGAAAAAUAAAUCAAAAAACAGAAGUGGGAAAAAAAAGUCGCAUUAAGGAGGCGAGGAGCAGCUAGCAAGAGCAAAAAUGGCGCCAGUAUUGCAGAGCUCCCAACCUUGGGUUGAAAAAUAUCGGCCAAAGCAAGUGAAAGAUGUGGCGCAUCAAGACGAGGUUGUUCGAGUUCUCACCAACACCCUCGAGACCGCCAAUUGCCCGCAUAUGCUCUUUUACGGUCCUCCUGGAACUGGAAAAACAACUACCGCUCUCGCCAUCGCCCAUCAGCUAUUUGGACCUGAACUCUACAAAUCUAGGGUGCUGGAGCUAAAUGCAAGUGACGACCGUGGGAUCAAUGUUGUUCGCACAAAGAUCAAAGAUUUUGCUGCUGUUGCUGUAGGGUCUGGCCAGCGUGCUGGGGGUUAUCCUUGCCCACCGUUCAAGAUAAUUAUUCUUGAUGAAGCAGAUUCAAUGACUGAAGAUGCUCAGAAUGCUUUGAGACGUACCAUGGAAACUUACUCAAAAGUUACACGAUUCUUUUUCAUAUGCAACUACAUAAGCAGGAUCAUAGAGCCACUUGCUUCAAGAUGUGCCAAGUUCAGAUUCAAGCCACUUUCAGAAGAAAUAAUGAGCAGUCGUAUAUUGCACAUUUGUGAUCAAGAAGGCCUAAAUUUAGAUUCAGAGGCACUUUCAACAUUAAGUUCCAUUUCACAAGGUGAUCUUCGUCGGGCUAUUACAUACUUGCAGGGAGCUGCACGCUUAUUUGGAUCAUUGAUUUCCUCCAGCGACCUAAUCAGUGUGUCUGGGGUUAUACCUCAAGAAGUUGUGGAGGCGCUUUAUGUUGCAUGCAAAAGUGGUAACUUUGAUUUGGCAAACAAGGAAGUCCUUAAUGUAAUUGCAGAAGGUUAUCUAGUUUCUCAGAUGAUAUCUCAGUUAUUUAAUGUGGUUGUUGAGGCAGAUGAUGUACCAGAUGAACAGAAAGCUAGAAUUUGCAAGAGUUUGGCUGAAGCAGAUAAGCGUCUGGUUGAUGGCGCGGAUGAGUACUUGCAGCUGCUGGAUGUGGCCAGCAACACAAUGCGUGCUUUGCAUAACAUGCCGCAAGAAUUCUCUUUUGAAACUUAGCCAGAAAGCCCAGUGUAGGAUGCCAGAUGCUUUUGAAGAUAAGGACUGUAAAAUGGCACAUAUUGCAACAAAAAUGCUUUUCAAAGUUUGUAUUAUGCCUGAUAGAGUCAUUGAUGGGGACCAUCUUUUUGAAUCUCUUUGUCGUUUAACGUGGGGGGAUUUUUAUGUUGAAUCUCUUUUGAUCUGAUCUGUAAUCUAAUGCUGAACAGGAGGCACUCCUGUUUGCAUGCUGCAUCAUAUCAAAACAACAAAGCUUAUUGGAUUUAGUUUUAGAAAAAAAAUCAUGAAGGUGACCGGGACU